AUGAAUCCUCGACGCAAGCGUUGGGGCACCCCCCUCCCCCACAAGCCCCCACCCCCGCUCCCCUCGCCCCUUUGCAACUUGGCUGCCUGCUCAUCAUCAGUGGCCACCUCCUCCUCCUCCACCCCCUCCUCCACCUCCUCCACCUCCUCCUCCACCUCCUCCACCUUCUCCUCCACCUCCUCGUCCACCUCCUCCACCUCCUCCUCCACCUCCUCCACCUCCUCCUCCACCUCCUCCUCCACCACCUCCUCCAUCUCCUCCACCUCCACCUCCUCCAUCUCCUCCACCUCCUCCUCCACCUGCUCCACCACCUGCUCCACCUCCUCCUCCACCUCCACCUCCUCCUCCACCACCUCCUCCUCCACCACCUCCUCCACCUCCACCUCCUCCACCUCCUCCACCACCUCUUCCACCACCUCUUCCACCACCUCCUCCUCCUGCACCACCUCCUCCACCUCCUCCACCUCCUCCACCACCUCUUCCACCACCUCCUCCUCCUGCACCAGCUCCUCCUCCAUCUCCUCCACCUCCACCUCCUCCACCUGCUCCACCACCUGCGCCACCUCCUCCACCUCCUCCUCCACCUCCUCCUCCACCUCCUCCUCCACCUCCUCCACCUCCUCCUUCACCUCCUCCACUUCCUCCUCCACCUCCUCCACCUCCUCCACCACCUCCUCCACCACCUCCUCCUCCACCACCUCCUCCUCCACCACCUCCUCCUCCAUCUCCUCCACCACCUCCUCCACCUGCUCCACCACCUCCUCCACCACCUCCUCCACCACCUCCACCUCCUCCAUCUCCUCCUCCACCUGCUCCACCUCCUCCACCACCUCCUCCACCUCCUCCACCUCCUCCUCCACCACCUCCUCCACUUCCUCCUCCACCACCUCCUCCACCUCCUCCUCCACCUCCUCCACCACCUCCUCCACCACCACCUCCUCCUCCACCUCCUCCACCUCCUCCACCUCCACCUCCUCCUCAAUCUCCUCCACCACCUCCACCACCUCCUCCACCACCUCCACCACCUCCUCCACCUCCUCCUCCACCUCCUCCACCUCCUCCUCCACCUCCUCCACCUCCAUCUCCUCUUCCACCUCCGCCACCUCCACCUCCUCCUCCACCUCCUCCACCUCCUCCACCUCCUCCACCACCUCCUCCACCACCUCCUCCUCCAUCACCUCCUCCACCACCUCCUCCACCUCCUCCUCCACCUCCUCCAUCUCCUCCACCACCUCCACCACCUCCUCCACCAACUCCACCACCUCCUCCACCUCCUCCUCCACCUCCUCCACCUCCUCCUCCACCUCCUCCACCAUCUCCUCCACCUCCUCCUCC